GCUGUUCGUGCUGCCCCUUCCCCUCUAGAAUAUUUGAAUAUUUCAUUCCCUUGUUUGUACAAGUUCCAUCCAAACUCUUACCAAAUUCGUAAGAACUUUAUUUCUCCAUCCAACAGAUCCAAGAGCCAUCAACCGUUACUCAAUCCUCUCUCUAUACAGUCAUUCAAGUCUAUCUUUCUAUUUGAUUCACUACUUUUACAUCUACUUCUACUUCUCCUGAGCCCACUCAUUAGCCACAUUUUCACACGCAAUCGCUCGCAGUACGGUUGCACCUUGGUUAUUUAAGUGUAGAUCUUCUGACGACAAAGAAGAGAGAGUAAAUAACCACUUGAUUCGAAAAAAUAAUCUCGAACUUGAUACGACUACAACAAGUGGACAGUCUAUAAGUCCACCAACCCCCCUUAAUCCGAAUUCAAAAGAGGUUCGGCGGAAACUCAUCUUCAAGAUGAAUCCUUUACAAAAGAACAAGAUCGACAUUGCAGUAAGUAAUAUCUAUUUUAUUUACCCUUCACCCAAGUUACAUUUAUCCAACCCACCCAAUAUACUAACUCUACGGCCUCGUAGUCCCUUUCCCCUGAUGAGCAACGACUCUUCCGUCUCUAUGGCAAACUCCCCAGUAAAGCCGACCAUCUGGCCAAACAACUCAAGGAACGUAAAUAUUUCGACUCCGGCGAUUAUGCACUCUCCAAAGCUGGCAAAGCAUCUUCCGUCGAUACCGGCAGCGUCGGCUCUGAACAUCCCGUCCCAGAGAAUAUUCCACAUCUCUCAUCUCCAAGCGUCAGCAGCGCCGCACAAGGUGGUUCUGGUAACACAAAUGUAGGACCCGGAUCUGCACAUCAUGGCAGCAUCACAGGACUGGGAUUGGGUCAGCAGAGUGGAAGUCCUGUGAAGGAGAGCAGUUUUUUACAUCGGGAGACGAGUAUCGAUGAGGCAGAUAAGAAGAAUGAUGGAAGCGCACAGCAACCAGGAGAUGGUAGUGUUAGUCCACCGCCUGUCAAGGGAGGCAUUCCAAUCAACGGAUGAAGGUGCUGUGGAGGUAUUUACUACGUGUGCGUCUGCGUGGGAUUCGGCGUUAUAUGGGGCUAUUCAACGACAUGAUGAUUGAUGGUUUAGGAUGAUGCGGCAUUCUCUGUACGUGCUCGUUUUUUAUGCCAGCUAUGAUAGUCAGGCAAUAUGCCAAUGCGAAACGAUGAAUUUAGUUAGGAUUGUCAAUGCAUUUACUGCAUCAUGACAUUAUCUUUGUGAUAUCGGGAUAA